CGGCGGUUAUUGCGUCAUCCUGCUACACAGAAGAGCAAAUAUGAAGGCCUUGAUUGGUGCUACACGUGCUCUUGGUCUCUUGCAGCAACAGUCCCACUACGCUUGCUUGAACCCUGUUCUAGCUGCCCAGACAGGCGUGCGAACGAUGGCGACCAAAAUCACUGUCGCAAACCCAGUGGUGGACCUCGAUGGCGAUGAGAUGACGCGCGUGAUCUGGCAGCAAAUAAAGGACAAGCUUAUUAAGCCUUACUUGGACUUGAAGAUUAUCUACUUUGACCUUGGCCUUCCUAACCGCGACAAAACCAAUGAUAAAGUCACUGAGGAGGCCGCGUACGCGAUCAAGGAGCACAAUGUUGGUAUCAAGUGCGCCACCAUCACCCCAGACGAGGCCCGUGUAAAGGAGUUCGGAUUGAAGAAGAUGUGGAAGAGCCCCAACGGCACCAUUCGCAACAUCCUGAACGGCACUGUGUUUCGUGAGCCCAUUGUCAUCAAGAACAUCCCCCGAUUGGUACCCGGGUGGACCAAACCCAUUGUGGUGGGCAGGCACGCCUUCGGUGAUCAGUACAAGGCCACCGACUUCGUGGUGGAUGGCCCGGGCAAGUUGGAGCUGUCCUUCACCCCGGCGGACGGGGGACCGGCGAGGAAGUUUGAGGUGUUCAAGUUCGAGGGUUCGGGUGUCGCACUGGCUAUGUACAACACCGAGGAGUCCAUUCGCGGGUUCGCCAGCUCGUGCUUCGAAUACGCGCUCCAGAAGAAGUGGCCGCUGUACCUGUCCACCAAGAACACCAUUCUGAAGGCCUACGAUGGCAGGUUCCUGCAGAUCUUCGCUGAGACGUACGAGUCGCAGUACAAGCAGCAGUACGAGGCGAUGGGUAUCUGGUACGAGCACCGUCUGAUUGAUGACAUGGUGGCGCAGGCCCUCAAGUCCAAUGGCGGGUUCGUGUGGGCGUGUAAGAACUACGACGGCGAUGUCCAGUCCGACAUUGUGGCUCAGGGCUACGGCUCCCUGGGCCUUAUGACCAGUGUAUUAGUUACCCCGGAUGGAAAGACGGUGGAGGCGGAGGCGGCGCACGGCACUGUCACCCGGCACUGGCGUGAGUUCCAGAAGGGCAAGCCCACCAGCACCAACCCUGUCGCAUCAAUCUUCGCAUGGACCCGUGGACUCGCGCACCGCGGCAAGCUGGACGGCAACCAGGAGCUCAUCCAGUGGUGCCAGGACCUGGAGGCGGCAGUGAUUGAGACCAUCGAGUUGGGUCACAUGACUAAGGACCUGGCCAUCUGUGUGCACGGCACCUCUAAGGUCGCCCCCAACCAGUACCUCAACACGGAGCCCUUCAUGGACGCAAUUGCGGAGACGUUCGCUCGCAAGCGGGGGGGAGCGAGCAAGUGAGCCAUGAGCGGCUGUAGCGGAGGGGCUUGGCGAGUGGCAGUAGCUCGCGAGUGCCGUCCAGGGAGGGGGGAGCCAACUUCUCUCCUCCAAAGGAAAGAACCCUUUGCUGUUGUCAACAGUGUUGUUGUUUGCUCUGCCCCUAGCUCUGAUUGUGUUCGAAGGGCCCCCAAGGCGCCAAUGUUCCCCCCUUCCCCCGAGUGCACAUCCCGGGUGCCGCCACUGCGGGGGCCCCGUUUAGGUCUCCGCACUGGGGUGGUGGUGGAUGGGGGAGCUGCCUCCUAGCAUCCUGCGGAAAAUAGAACCUCCCGGCCCCGCGGGCAGCUGCCUGCUGCCUGCAAGUAAACAGCGUCCCCCUUGGGUGCAGUCGGAUUGAGCGUGUCAGGGAUGUGCGAAAGGGGGGACCCUCUUAACGUGUUCGUGUUCAGUGCUGUUCAGUCGCUGUUUAGUCGUUCGGAAACCUGGAAGAGUGGUGAUGAUGAUGGUGGUGAUGAACGUGACCAGGCGCUACGAACAGGGCGGUAGUGGAUUGCGGACGCUGGUCACGGUCGAAAGAAUAAGAGGAAGAAUAAAAAGCAAGUCGGAAGGAAAGGAGAAAAACACAAAAAUCCGUGAUAAUGGUAAGUUGGUUAGCACUCGUUCUAUUGGUAGCCAUACUAGCAAUAGUUGGUGGUGGCGAUGGAGCCCCAGUGAAAUAAGAUUGUGAAUCGACGGCUUAGUAAAUGAAGGUGAAUUUUUUUCAUUCAAGACUUCGGAGGGCUGGGUAGGGCGCGGGGAGGGGGACAACACUGUGCUCCGCGACGCGACGAGUCGUAUCAGUCCACGUCUGCAAUUGCGAACGUGGGACAGCGGGAGAAGAAGGGUUGCGAGCAUCCCUUUUUUGAGUCGAAUGGACAGCGGCGUGUGUCAGUGUGCGAUUGCGUCCGUGCCUUUGUGGAGGAGGAAAAACCAAUUACCGUGUGCGGCUUUGUGUAUUGUGUAUGUGUGCCGCGUAUGUCUUUGCCACGGAGAUGAGAAUGGACUAUCCCCACCCAACCCCCAUCCCACCCAAAUCCCCGUCCCCGGGGUGGUGCGGUUCUCAUUGAGCCCCACCGUCCCCCGGGGUGGGGAUCACCACCCACUACUAUCAAUUCCGUAGGGGUGCAUCUGCAGCCACCACUUGCACAUGAUCUCGCUGUUUAGGGAAUCUGGGGGGGUGGACCAGGUCGUGAAGAGUGAUAUGGGAGAUGAACCUCGUGGGCGUGGUGGGGGGAAGAGGGUGACUAGAUAGCGUGCCUUCCCCCCCCCUCUUACCCGCGGGUGCCUACGGUAGUGGGGAGGGGCUAUUCAUUAGCCACACACACACUCCCCCGCGCCCCGUCCCGCCCGCAUCGCCGAAACAGCCUUCCUUGCGGUUUGUCGGUAUGUCGCGGUGGCGGUAUGUCCUGGUACUCGAGCGGAAUGCGGUGGGUCACGGGACUCCCACGGCACGGCACACGCCGACCCCCCCCCCAUAGACACAAACACACAGACAGACACUCUUUCAUCUGCCUGGCCGUCUGCUAGUCGCGUGCGUUCAUAAAUCAUGCUUCAUUUAGUUCAUCCUUUGUAAGCAAGAAGCAUUGUAGUUGUGUCGCCAGUAGGACUAGGGGAACUUUAGUGGAAGAACUAAAGGGGGCAACCGGGCUCUCGCUCCUGGCGUCGUUACCUUGCGAACGAGCAGAUGUAGACGUGAGCCGCUUC